AUGUGUAUAAAAAAAAUAUCAGUUUACAUUUACUCGGUGCUGAUGAUAGCUAUUUGUAUAGCUGCAGAUUGUGGACCAAGACUGAAAUAUGCAUGGGGUGAUGCACUACAGAGCAACGAUUGUCCAGGACCCGAUGGGACCCCAUAUCCGAGGCACUUAGUUAAUAGGGCUUUGAAGACUGGUCCCUGGGGACAAACGAGGCAGGCGCGUGCCAUGAACACAUUAGACCCCACGCUCAUGAGGAGAGCGUUGCUACAAGCUCAUGAAGGCUACGCGGAAGGCAGAACGAAACCUGACAAUGGCAGCAGAACUGGUCGCGGUAUCAGCGCGCCCGGUGUGCCCCCGCCCUCGAGUACGUGUGGAGGCGCGCGCCUAUGCCGCUCCCGGUACAACACCACCGCGCCCAUGUACGGCGUGUCGCUCACCUCCGGACAGCCGGUCACCAUCGUGCAGAAGUUCCCCGAUCUACUACAGCAGGUCGUCUUCGAAGUUUGCGAAUCCAGUGAAUGCUCUUUGGUUCGAGGAUCUUGUACACAGACUUAUAUACCUUAUUUAUUCCUCGUUCUGCCACUCGGGCCUGUCACUCUAACAGGUCAAGAUUACGUACUGGUAGAAUCAGGUUGCGUCUGUAGACCGGACCCUAUGCCAUAA